AUGUCCCAAGUUAUCGUUGUUGGCGGUGGUCUCGCUGGUCUCUCCGCUGCUCAUACUCUUCUUGAGCGUGGUGCCAAUGUUUUACUCCUCGACAAGCAGGGUUUCAUGGGUGGUAACUCUACAAAGGCAACGUCUGGUAUAAAUGGUGCUGGAACUCAGACUCAGCAAGAACAAGGUAUACCUGACAACGCCAAAACCUUCUUUGAGGAUACAAAGAAAUCCGCUCGAGAUCUCGCGCGCGACGAUCUCAUCCAAGUCCUCACUGGACGCUCUGGAGAUGCUGUUAAUUGGUUGCAAUCCAAGUUCGGCUUGGACCUGUCCAAGGUUGCUCGGUUAGGUGGCCACACUCAGCCCCGUACGCAUCGUGGAGGGGCUCAGUUCCCUGGAAUGGUCAUCACCUACGCCCAAAUGGAACGCCUCGAAGAUCUUUCAGUUUCUCAAUCUGACCGUGUCAAGAUUUUGAAGAAAGCACGAGUCGUCAAACUUUUGAAGGAUGAAGACGGCCACGUGCAAGGAGUCGAAUACUCGCACAAUGGCUCCACACAUGCUGCCUACGGUCCUGUAAUUCUUGCGACUGGUGGUUAUGCUGCCGAUUUCACCUCCGACUCCCUCCUCAAGAAACAUCGUCCUGAAUACUGGGAUCUUCCUACUACUAAUGGCGAGCACUGUACUGGUGAUGGACAGAAGAUGGCGAUGGCGAUAGGUGCACACGGCAUUGACAUGGAGAAGGUUCAAGUGCACCCCACGGGUUUGGUUGAUCCCAACGAACCCGACGCCAAAGUCAAGUUCCUGGCUGCGGAGGCACUGCGUGGUGUUGGUGGUCUCCUUCUGGAUAACGCCGGUAAACGUUUCGUGGAUGAGCUCCAGCAUCGCGACUACGUGACCGGAAAGAUAUGGGAGAACGGCAAGUACCCCAUACGACUCGUCUUGAAUGGCAAAGCCUCGAAGGAAAUCGAGUGGCACUGUAAACACUAUGUUGGCAGAGGACUCAUGAAGCGUUUUGACUCCGGAGAUGCCUUAGCAAAGGAGUUUGGUUUGGACCCGUCCGUUCUCAAGAAGACUUUUGAGGAUUAUAACCAAAGUGUGCGCACUAAGAAGGAUCCUUUCGGAAAGAAGUUCUUCUCCGGUGAAUGGUCUUUCAACGACUUUUUCCAUGUCGCAAUCAUGACACCCGUCCUGCAUUACACCAUGGGCGGUCUGGAGAUCGACCCCGAGUCGCGAGUAAUUGGCGCCGACGGUAAACCUAUAGCCGGUCUUUUUGCGGCUGGUGAGGUAGCAGGUGGUGUCCAUGGCGCUAAUCGACUUGGAGGCAGCUCUUUGUUAGGUUGCGUUGUGUUUGGACGCGUAUCGGGAGACUCCGCGGCUGCCUAUCUUUUGCAGAGGACGAGUGCAGUCAUUGCAAAAGCCGGUGGCCGUCUAGGUGCCUUGGCCGGACAACUCGGUGGUUCAUCGCAGGCUUCAAGUACAGCGAAGGCUGAGGAGCCUAAAGCAGCUGAAGGGUCAAGCGGCAAAGGCGGCGCAUACACGCUCGAGGAGGUUGCGAAGCAUAAGAGUAAGAAUGAUAUCUGGGUAGUUGUCAACGGGGAGGUCUUGGAUGUGACCAAUUUCUUACCUGACCAUCCUGGAGGCGAGAAGGCCAUAUUGCUCUACGCUGGCCGUGACGCUACGGAGGAGUUCAACAUGUUACAUGACCCCAAGGUUAUACCACGAUAUGCACCGGAUGCUGUUAUUGGAAAGUUGAAAAAGUAG